AGAUUGUGAUGGGAAAUAGCGAGUCGAGCUCCGAUUUGUCAAACAACAAUGUCUCAAAGUCAUCAAAAAGGACAGUUUCUCAAAGUCCAACCGCAACAAGAAGUGCAAGUGUUAGAAGACCUCCAAAAAGUAUUCCUGUAGAAGGAGGUGGAAUUCGACGAUCAAGGACAACACGACAUAAAGAUCGAAGUAAUUUACGAAGAGCCGUAUGUCCAGUUACCGGAUUGACUCUUCAUCAAAAAGCGCUUUUGGCAAGAAAAUGGAAUAGAAUGGACAGAGGUAGGAGCAGAUUAGAAAUAUACAAUUUGCACAUUGGUUUUCAAUUAAAAAUUGUUUGUGGGUUACGGUAAGAAAUGCAAAACUCUUGGGAAGUUUGUUUAGUCUUAUUCUUUGGAAACAUAUUUGGAAGUUCUGAGAACUGUUACGUCCGCUCGAGCAUUUUCAACUUUCUUAUUUCAAAUCUUAGUAUUCUGAGAAGACUUUUGAUUAUUCCGGGAAUUCCGUUCGUUUCCCAUGAGAUAAACUUCCUGAAUCGGCGUUUUGUGACGUCAAUUGUGGUAGUGGCACUCUAUAAAAAAAAAGAGUGGACCCUUCUCCAAAACUGGCGCCCGGCUUUGGAAAAGAAAAAAGGAUAUGGUAAUUGAAUUCGUUUUUUUUCUUUUUUCGUGCUUCCGCCGCGAACUUCUGUGACUUGGAAACAUUUGUCUCCUCUGAAAUACUCUCAAGGGACACCACUUACUUGCGUCACCCUCUUAGAGUUCAAACGGGUACAAGUACAAAGCAUAAUAAAUUUGGAAUUUUUUCUUUCAGGUACCGUAUACGAAAUGGGAAGACGAAUGUUCGAACACGUGUUCACCGAAAAUCCACAGUAUUUGGCUUUUAUUGAUUUGAAGAAUGAGGUCAAUUGGUGGAAUCACAUCAACUUCAAGAUUCAUGUUCAGCGUUUUGUGACAGUUCUUAUUGAAACAAUGCGACGACUCAAAGAACCUUCAACUUCAAUUGAUAUUCUCCGAGAUUUUGGUGCGAUCUACGCGAAAUAUCCAAAACGAGUGUCUGCACUUUAUUUCGAACGACUCGCAAAUAGUAUGAAUGAAGCAGCGGGGCAGUUACAGGAAAGUGAUCAUUUAGAUGUUGAGAAAACUCAAAGUCGGAUGGAAGAUGCUGUGACAGAUUCAUCAAGUACUGAUAAUACCUCAAAUAUGUGUAAUUCAUGUACAUCCCUUUCAUCUGGACAGAGAUAUCCAAAACCAUUGACAACAAGAAAUUCUGAAACACAAAUGCAGACUCUGAAAGAGGAGUCAUCAUUUUGUUCUUCUUGUGUUAGUAGUCGACGUUGUUCACACGAAGUUGAUGGUGUUAAAUCAGUGUGCCCAAUAACUUCAGAAGCCUGGCUUGUACUGUCUGCUUAUAUUGCAAAUCAAAUCAAAUUUGGCUAUGAACUCGAAAAACUUCUCAUCAAUGAAAUGAGCAAACUUGGAAUUGAUACAUUGCCGUGUCAAAUGGGAGAUUCUGCUGAAACUGAAUCAGAUGGUCAAGAAUCAAAUAAUCAUUCUCAUAAUCAUCAUCAUCGUUCGACGACGUCUUCCAGUCGAUUUACAGAGCAACAAUCCCAAUUUGUUUAGUAUUUGUUGGAAGAGUUCUUUUGAAUUUGAAAUCUCACCGAAAUUCGUUCAUAUCAAUUGUAAAUAGCAAAUACAGUUAUUCAAUCGUUAAAUUUUGAUUUCAUUUAUUUUAUUUAAAAUUCUAUAUAUUACACCAAUCAAGGAUAAUACCAACGGUACCCGAUAAUUAUGACUCAGGUUUACAAGUUUGUACCAAAGGUAACAAUAAUUUAAAAUCUCAAUACAAUCCACAUCCCUUCAGUUUGGUAGAUAGUAUCGUAUCUAGAACCGCAUCGAGUACGUACUGCACCUGUUGUGUGUCUGUAGCACAAGUGUGAUGACAAUAA